AUGACGAUAAGUUUGAAUUACACAAUUAAAAUGGCUGCAAUUGCUGUUAGUGAGCCUGUUCGUGAUAAGGCAUUACAAGAUUAUCGUAAAAAGUUAUUGGAACACAAAGAAGUCGAGUCACGAUUAAAAGAAAUUCGCGAAACAUUGAAGGAACUUACUAAACAAUUUGAUAAAUCAGAAAAUGAUUUGAAAGCUCUGCAAAGUGUUGGACAAAUUGUUGGGGAAGUUUUGAAGCAGUUAACAGAAGAUAAAUUUAUUGUAAAAGCAACUAAUGGACCACGUUAUGUUGUUGGAUGUCGUCGCCAGUUGGACAAAACAAAAUUGAAGUCAGGAACUCGAGUUGCACUUGAUAUGACGACACUUACUAUUAUGCGAUACUUACCACGGGAAGUUGAUCCUUUGGUUUAUAAUAUGUCGCACGAAGACCCUGGUGAUGUCACUUAUUCAGCUAUUGGUGGUUUGUCUGAACAAAUCCGUGAAUUGCGUGAGGUUAUUGAACUCCCAUUGUUAAAUCCUGAGCUCUUCUUGAGAGUUGGUAUCACUCCACCAAAAGGAUGCUUAUUGUAUGGUCCUCCUGGAACAGGAAAAACUCUUUUAGCACGAGCUGUUGCAUCACAAUUGGAUGCUAAUUUCUUAAAAGUCGUUUCAAGUGCUAUCGUUGAUAAAUAUAUCGGUGAAUCUGCUCGUUUAAUUCGUGAGAUGUUUAACUAUGCUAGAGAUCAUCAACCAUGUAUUAUAUUUAUGGAUGAAAUUGAUGCUAUUGGUGGUCGCCGAUUUUCAGAAGGUACUUCAGCUGAUCGUGAAAUUCAACGUACUUUGAUGGAACUCCUUAAUCAAAUGGAUGGUUUUGAUUCUUUGGGACAAGUAAAAAUGAUAAUGGCAACUAAUCGUCCUGAUACUUUGGAUCCAGCACUUUUACGUCCAGGACGUUUAGAUCGAAAGAUUGAAAUUCCACUGCCCAAUGAGCAAGCUCGUCUUGAGAUUCUCAAAAUUCAUGCUUCUCCAAUCGCCAAGCAUGGUGAAAUUGAUUAUGAAGCGGUUGUCAAAUUAUCUGACAACUUUAAUGGAGCUGAUUUGAGAAAUGUUUGUACUGAAGCUGGUUUGUUUGCUAUCAGAAUAUCAGUGAAAACCAUGUUUACCGCGGUGCGAGCAUCAAAAUUAAUACAAAAUCUGACGACCAGAAGCUAUGCAGCUAAGGCAGCUACAAAUGCCGCUGCUGCAGCUCAGGGCAAGGUCGUUGCUGUUAUUGGUGCUGUCGUUGAUGUCCAAUUCGACGAUAGUUUGCCGCCAAUCUUAAAUGCUCUUGAAGUACAAGGCCGUCAGACACGUUUAGUAUUGGAAGUUGCUCAACAUUUGGGAGAAAACAUCGUACGCACAAUCGCUAUGGAUGGUACAGAAGGUUUAGUUCGAGGUCAACGAGUCGCUGAUACAGGAUUCCCAAUUCGUAUCCCUGUUGGAGCUGAAACAUUAGGCCGUAUCAUUAAUGUCAUUGGCGAACCAAUCGACGAAAGAGGUCCUAUCGAAACUGAUAAGGUAGCUGCUAUUCACGCAGAAGCUCCUCCAUUCGUUGAGAUGAGUGUUGAACAAGAAAUCUUGGUAACUGGAAUCAAGGUCGUUGACUUGCUUGCUCCUUAUGCUAAAGGUGGUAAAAUUGGACUCUUUGGUGGAGCUGGUGUCGGAAAAACUGUAUUGAUUAUGGAACUUAUUAACAAUGUCGCUAAAGCUCAUGGUGGUUACUCUGUCUUUGCUGGUGUUGGCGAACGUACUCGCGAGGGUAACGAUUUGUACAAUGAAAUGAUUGAAGGUGGUGUCAUCUCUUUGAAAGAUAAAACCUCUAAGGUAGCACUUGUCUACGGUCAAAUGAAUGAACCUCCAGGCGCUCGUGCUCGUGUUGCUUUGACUGGUCUCACUGUAGCCGAAUAUUUUCGCGAUCAAGAAGGUCAAGAUGUGUUGCUUUUUAUUGACAACAUUUUCCGUUUCACACAAGCUGGUUCAGAGGUGUCUGCUUUAUUGGGUCGUAUUCCAUCUGCUGUCGGUUAUCAACCAACAUUGGCCACUGACAUGGGUACUAUGCAGGAGCGAAUUACAACAACUAAAAAAGGAUCAAUUACAUCUGUACAGGCUAUUUAUGUGCCAGCUGAUGAUUUGACAGAUCCUGCUCCAGCCACAACAUUUGCUCAUUUGGACGCUACAACUGUGUUGUCUCGUGCCAUUGCUGAGUUAGGAAUUUAUCCAGCUGUCGAUCCAUUGGAUUCAACAUCACGUAUUAUGGAUCCUAAUAUUAUUGGACAUGAACAUUAUAACAUUGCUCGUGGCGUUCAAAAGAUCUUACAAGAUUACAAAUCACUCCAAGAUAUUAUUGCUAUCUUGGGUAUGGAUGAAUUAUCGGAAGAGGACAAAUUAACUGUUUCCCGUGCACGAAAAAUUCAACGUUUCUUGUCACAGCCAUUCCAGGUCGCUGAAGUCUUCACAGGUCAUGCUGGUAAAUUGGUGCCACUUGCAGAAACCAUCAAAGGCUUCAGCAAAAUUUUGGCUGGCGAUUAUGAUCAUUUGCCAGAAGUUGCUUUCUACAUGGUUGGACCAAUCGAAGAGGUCGUUGAAAAGGCUGAACGUUUGGCUAAGGAAGCAGCAUAAGUUCAUUUAAAUCAGUUAAAUAACAUAGUAGAUAAUAAUAAACAAAAUCAACAAUUUUCACUAAAUACUGAUUGAGAAAGAAAAAAACAAAACAUAUUGGAACGAAACAAGAUUUUUCCAAUUACUACCGCGAUAAGAAAGAAUAAAAUCAUUAAAUAUGCGGUCAUUCAAUAUUAGCAAUUAACGAGAGAUAAAAAAAAUUAAAGAGAAAAAAAAGUUAAAAAGAAUUAAAAAACUCGUGUCAAGACUAAUUGUUAAACAAGUGACAGGAAAAAUCUUCGGGAUGAACUUUUAACAUGGUUUUCUUUAUUUAUGUUUAUUCUCCUCCCACAACAUAACAUCUUAAAAUGUAUAAACUGAUAAAGAAAAAUUUGUUAAUUGUCAGCUUUGAAGAAGUUUUCUUGUGUCACUUGUCUCCCCAUCUAAGUUAUGUAUCGUGUCGUUCUAUUCAAAUAAAUGUUUGCACUUCUUUAGUCAACAACAAAACUCUGAGAAAAACUUUUGUAAGAAAUAAAAAAAAUGAUUGUGAAUUGUGUUAGCGCAGGAUUAAAAAAACAAAACGCAAAUAAAUCAUUUCUGGAUGUAUCGAAAA